CUGCUGGCUUUUCGUCUGCGCGCCGCCUCCUCCUCCUCCCGCUCCUCCUCGUCGUCGUCCUCCAUGGGCAAUCUUCUGAGCGGGGUCAGCCCCCGGGAGCCCGCCACCGUGGAGGACUGCGACUCCACCUGGCAGACCGACUCCGAGCCCGAGCCCGACCCCGAGCCCGGCGGGAGCGGCGGGCCCGGGCCGGGCCAGGGAGCCGAGCCCCAGCCCGACCCCGCCGGCCCGCCAGCCGACCCCGCCGGCCCACGCCAGGGAGACGCCGAAGCCGAGGGCCGGGACCAGAGUGAUGAUGCCAAUGAAUCCACAGCCAAACCAAAGAGAAGUUUUUAUGCUGCAAGGGACUUAUACAAAUACCGACAUCAAUAUCCACAGAACUUUAAAGAUCUUCGAUAUCAAAAUGACUUGAGCAACCUCCGUUUUUAUAAGAAUAAAAUUCCUUUUAAACCAGAUGGUGUUUACAUUGAAGAAGUCCUAAAUAAAUGGAAAGGCGACUAUGAAAAGCUAGAGCAUAAUCACACGUACAUCCAAUGGCUUUUUCCACUGAGAGAACAAGGUUUGAACUUUUAUGCUAAAGAACUAACUACAUAUGAAAUUGAGGAAUUCAAAAAAACAAAAGAAGCCAUUAGAAGAUUCCUCUUGGCUUAUAAAAUGAUGUUGGAAUUUUUUGGAAUAAAACUGAUUGACAAAACUGGAAAUGUGACACGUGCUGCUAACUGGCAAGAAAGAUUUCAGCAUCUGAAUGAGUCCCAACACAACUAUUUAAGAAUCACUCGUAUUCUGAAAAGCCUUGGUGAGCUCGGAUAUGAAAGUUUCAAAUCACCACUUGUAAAAUUCAUUCUGCAAGAGGCUCUUGUAGAAAACACUAUUCCUAAUAUUAAGCAAAGUGCUUUGGAAUAUUUUGUUUAUACAAUUAGAGACAGAAGAGAACGAAGAAAACUUCUCCGGUUUGCACAGAAGCAUUAUAUUCCUUCAGAGCAUUUUAUCUGGGGACCUUCUAAAAAACAGAAAUCCACAGGAAGCAAAGCAACCAAAACUCCAGUACCUCCUGCCGCUCCUCAAGAUGGUCAAAUUUCUACGCACAAAAAAUCCAAGGAUCCUAAGACUACACCCCUAACAGCUAAUGAGAGUGGCAAGGCAGCUGAAGAAAAGGAUCUGGAACUUAGAGAAAAUGGAGAAGAAAACGAUCAGGUUAGAGUGGAAACCAUUUGUGGAGUCGCUGAUCCGGAAAGUAACGAGAAAGGUAGCGAGACUGAAAGACCAGAUGCUAAAAUAGAAAAAACUAUCAGUAAUUCUUCAGAUAAAAAGGAGAAUAUCUCUCUUUCUGAGAAAGGUGAGGACAGUGAAAAUCAGGACCGAGAGUGUGAAAAUGAAGGAGCUACAGGUACCGAUUUCAGUGAUGACGAUACCAAGAACUCUUCCACUAGUUUGUCAGAAAAUCAACAAACUAGUUUAGGCCAGGAUAAAUCUCCUGUUGAUGAUACCCCUCAAAAUAAUGAUUAGGUCAAAUCUAAAAAUAAGAGUGAUUAUGUUGAAUGAAUUUUUAAUUUGCUGGUUGAAAUUUAAGAUAAGAAGGCUUGAAAUAGGGUCUGAUAAAUGAAUGCCUUGAGGAUCAAUUUUCAAAUUCAGGUUUAAAACACAAUGCCUGAAAGCUUUAGAAUAUUUUAAGAUAAAUAUUUGUGUGGUUUAUGUAGAAUUAUUUUUACAGAAUAUAAAAUAUGUUAUUUAUUGGAAAAAAUAAGAAAGGUUUAUUCAUUGAAUUGUCUCUCGUCCUUUACUAAAUUUCUAAAAAAUAAAAAUGAAAAAAUUUGGUCUUCCUAGAAUUUAUUUAGAAUAUCACUGAUCUAUUUGAAAAGAAUAGUUUGGAAACUUGCAGAUUGAAAUGUCAAAGACUUUAUUAUUUGAAUUGUUUUAAAAUCACUCCAUCUUUAUCAUCUUUGAAAACUGUCAGUCUUCAUCAGGAUGAAAUGCCAUUUCCAUCUAAGAGCAAUGUCUUAAAACAGUUGUGCCAAGCUUAAAAAUCUAACGUUGGAAUUAGCACAGUGUACCAAAACAUUUAUGUGGAGGGCUCUAGAUUUAAAUAAAACCACCAUAUUUUUUGAAUCUAAAUACCUGUUAUUAAACAGGUUCAUGGAAAUAAACAUGAUACUCAGUUCAUGUGAUUUUAUUUGAACUAAGGCUUGACCUUGUAUUCUUUGGAGAUAAUGUAUAUUUAGCUGAACUAAAGAUUGUAUUUUUCAUGUUCUUUCAAAUUAGGACUAUUAAAUUGGGAGGCAUUUUAGUAUCAGUGUAAUCUGAAUUUUUUCUAAAUGAGGAGCCUUAUAAAAUUAAGAAUUACUUUGCAAAAAUGAAAAAAAUCCAACUGAUAUAUUUAAAAGCUAUCUGGUUGUAUUUAGAAAACAGAAUAGCACUCACUAAAGAGAGGAAAAGGCUAUUAGGUGAACCAUUUGAAAUGUUGAGAUUCAAGGUGCUUGGUUUAACCUUUCUCAUAGGUUUAUUUGGUUAAAAAGAAAUUCUGUUUUCUAAUUUGUAUGCUUGGUUUUCAGUAGAAAUAACAGAUGAAGAUGCAAGUUUUUCAAAACAUAUACCAAUUUGCUUUUAGCAAGUUUCAUAAAUUGUUAUUUUUUAUCUUUCAUGUAGUAAUUGAAUGAUCUCUCCCUUUUCAUGUUUAUAAGAUAAAAUGUUACAUUGAUGUUUAUUGCUUUUUGUUCUUGACAUUACCAUUCUGCCCCUUCAGGCUCACUUUCUGUCCUUGGACAUAAUUAUGGUAUUUAGUCAAUGCUGGAACAUAAAGAAGAGUAGUGAAGUAGAGACCCCAACAGUGAAAAAACAUGAUGUGAGGAAUAUGAGACAGGACAAGUUUUAAUCUAGCUUUCAGAAAUCUUAUUUUUAAUUAUUUUGUGGUUAAAUGUAACUUGUCCCUAGAAUCUAAUAAUAUACUACAUGUGCUUGCAGAAA